UUUCGCGGGUCAAAGAUGUCACCGAACGAGCUCCUCGCUCGAAGUCGAACGAACUUCAAAAAUACUUCGAGAUUUUCUUAAAUUUAUCGACAAACAUUUGACGAUGGGCUACAUGAAGGUAUCCAAAACCUGAGGCUACACUUCAUUUUCACAAAAGCCACCGAGUAUCACAUCACCAGCUAUGGACAAGCAAAAGCCGACCGGUACUAAGCAAGGCGUGGUGAGCCCCGGAGGUGACUCCGCCUCCUUCGAAGUCCCCGCCCUCCCAGAGGGCAUUGGCAUGCAGCCAAAGCUGGACUCCAUCUUUGCCGAUGUGCAGGCCAAUCUCCCGUCCAUCGACUUUGACAUCUCUGAUGUGAGCUCUGAUGAAGAGAUUGCUAUCGUCAGCCGCUCCCUGAGGACUCCGACACCACUUGAAAAUGACCCCCACCAGGAAAUUGAGAUGUCGCCGGAAACCUGGCGCUCUGCCCUGGAACCAACCAACGUCUUUGACCAACGUGACGUGUUCCACCGGUACUCUGCUCACUCUGACAGCCAAUCAAGCAGCAGGAAGACCUCGGACAGUAGUGACAGUAGCGCGGCCGAGCUGAUGGCCUUGGACCCGUCGAUCGUCCAGGUGGCUGCACAUUCCCUGCUGGGUAACGAAGGGUCGCCGUUUACAAACAUGAUAGAGACGAGCAGUGACAACAACCAUAUACACAGUUGGUCAGAUCUCAUGAAUACUUUAGGCAUCCGGGAAAACGGCGUUCCGAGUCAGCCUACUGGCAAUUCAAAUGUUAUACCAUACAGUACAUUCCAGACACACAACCAAGGCACGCAUACUGCUGUGGUUCCAGACACAGUGAUGGAUAACAAGAAUGCUCCGAGUGAAUCUGAUCCCCCUGCUGACACCGAAUCCACAGCCGAGGAGACCAAGAAGAGAAGGCUGUCAACUGACUUGGCAGAGAGCAGGAUCUCGUCGAUGAUCCCGUCGCAGGUGCCCCAACUCUCCAUGGAGGAUGUGGAAGACAUUGACCUGGACCUGCUGCUGGAAUCUUUUCCUGCCGCAGCGAGCAGGAGACCGGAUGAAAACAGCCGACAGCCCAUUCAUCCUCAGACAGGAGGUGGUGAUGGAACACAGAAAGCUGAAGGCAACAGUCUAAGUCUGAUGGAGAAGCUAGCCCAGCUCUGCGUCCAGCAGUCCUCUGGCACCCUCUCCAAGACCCAGCUCCUUGGCGCCACUUCCGAAUCCCCAAGGACUGCCACUGCCACUUGUAAGACUGCCAAAGUCCAGAGAGACAUGCCACCAGCGUCAGGCCGCAAGGUGGCCUGGGCUGAGGGAGCGACUAAACAGGACCGCAAGAUGAGAGAAAUGGGAACCAACAUGGGAAUGGAUGAUCCAGUGUACAGGCACAAAACAACAACAUCCAUUGGUGUGUCAACUCAAAACAGGCCCCCAAUGGAACAUUCCACUCACAGCAUAGGGAUAGGGACAAGUUCCAGCAAAAAAGAGAGAACAGAGACUGUGUUUCUGGAUCUUCGAGAGACCACAGUAGCUAAGAAAGUGGAGGUUCCAGACGUUGUACCAGAAUCUGUGAAGAGAAUUCUGAAGCUGAAUUCACCUGGGGGCAGUGAGUCUGAUGGAAGCCAGAGCAGCGAUGAUGAAGAGGAGGACCUGCAAGCGUGGAGAGAGAACAGAAAGAGAGGAUUGAAGGGCUCCUCCCCGCCUCCCACCAAAGCCAAGAAAGGAGUAUCAUCAAGAGCCACCCCACCACCCAGGGUGAUCAUGCCGAAAACCGACAAGACACCAGCACCAGCAAGCCAUGCCAAGACACCCCAAGACAAAGCCUCUCCAGCAUCCCCUCCAGUGAUCUCCAAGAAGACCCUAACCCUAAUGGAGAAGACCCUUUCCGAGGCUCUCCCCGCCACGCCACCUCCCUCCCCAACCGUCACCACCGCAGCCGACAAGGCCCAGGAGCGAGAGCGGCUCCUCCAAGAGGAGAUGCGGAGGAAGCUCCGGGAGCAGCGGGAGCAGGAGCGGGCAGCUAGGACCCGGCUGCAGAAGCGUCUGGAGGUCCUCCGGCCCCGCGUGUCUGCCUCCGGCAAAAGGCCCGCCGCAAGAACCACGCCAAUCAUCUAUGACAUGGAGGCCUCUUACACUACAUCCCCUCACUGCCUGCCUUCCAUCCUACGGCAGAAUCAUGACUGUGCCCUCCUAACAGUCCAACUAUCUACGAGUGGUGAAAUCAUACCUCAGCGGUGUCCUGUCAGCAGCCGCUCACCCAGCGAGAGACGCAUCUCCGUCACCUACCAGUUGCUUCUGUCCUGGCUGCUUUCCUUGGUCCCGCCAAGCUUCGAUUACCUCUUAGAAGGCUUCAAAGUGGAGAAGCUUCCCAAGGCCGAUUUGUUUCCAUUCUGGGUGGUGGGGCUCCAGCAGGUGUACCAAGAUGGCGGGCUGGUGUUGAAUGUUGCGGUAACCCCAACCAAUUUCAGUGAGGGCAAGCAACAGCUGCUGAAACGGAAGACCAAGGGUCUUGGAAAGGAGGGAACCAGGGACAGCACCUUAUUCCAGUCCCACCUCUCCAAGUUCCUGACCAUCAACACUUUACUGACUGUCUGUCCCUGGGUGGAGAACACCUUCGCCUGCGCCAUCCGCCGGGACGGCGACAUCACUGAUGGCCGUGACCAGACCACUUACGACACAGUCCUGGAGGAUGGAUCCUAUGUACCGUCCCUGCCGCACAUCAGCUCCAAGCCAUUGUCCAUGCUGCUGACAGUCAAUCAAGAUCGGGCGUCAGUGCAAAAAGUCUUUGGGUCUGGGGAGGCUGCUUUCUUCUGGCAGACCAUCGACUCAGAUGAGGUCAUCUCGGAGCAGACUUCCAGCGGGGAGUACGACAACUACACCGAUGUCCAGAACACCAUGAGCCUGGUCUACAAGUCUGUCUACAGCCAUCCCACACAUAUGAUGGGCUUCUUCUACCGUGUCCUUCAGGAAGGCCUGGAUAUUGCCGGAGUCCGCUUGCUCUACCACUCCGAGGAGAUUUUGACAGCUGACCACAGCCCCAGGGCAGAAAGACGCAGAGAAUUGGAUGGCAGUCAGCUUCUGGAGCACAUGAACAAGGUGGGCCCGAUCCUGGCGAUUGCUGUUCGUGGAGCGUUGGCUCGAACCCGCUGGCUGGACGCCAUCGGGCCGUCAGACCCGCAGCUUGCUCGUCGCACCGAUCCCCAGUCUCUUAUCGCGCUCUUCGGCGGCCAGACUCGCGAGGAGGUCCCUAUUUACUGUCCGCGCAAUCCCAACAGGGUCAGCUAUGAGCUGGCCCUUUGGUUUGGAGGACGGGUCCCGGAGAGUGGAGUGGUAGACGUCGGAUCCACAGCUGCCUCCGCCUCCCAGCAGAGGCAGGAGAGGAAAGGCAGGAGAGGAAAGAAAGGAUCUCAGUCUGACUUGGGUGAUUGGGCUAAAGAAGGCCUGGAAGUCAUAAGGAAACCACCCUCAAUGCUGGUAGCCACCACUCAGAGCGACGUUUUCCUGGUGGUCUCUCCCAUCGUGCCACCAAACUGCAUAGGAUCCAUCCUGUCGGCCUGCCAGACCAGGGGUUACCAGCUAAGGGGCAUCCGCAGACUGCGUCUCAAUAACAAGAGGGUUGCUGCGCUAGGUCUGAUGGGGGCACAAGUCCGCGCCUUCAACCCGCUGUCCUGCACCACGCCCACCUCCCCCGCCCAGCACUACGAGCAGAAGCUCAAGAAGCAGCUGGAGGCGGAGUUUCCCAAGGCCAACCCCUCCCCCAUGCCCUCGCUGGUGGUGCUGCUGAGGAAGGAGAAUGGCAUGCAUCAUGGGGCGGGUCUGAUGGAAGCAAUGAUGGUGUACAUGUGCAUGAAAGGCAUGCUUACCACCAUCAAAGAAAACAGCCCAACUGGUACCCUGACUGCCAACCUGUGCUUCCACAUGGUGCCUUACUCAGAGUCCCUCCUUACCCACCUGGGUGGGGACCUGACUAGCCUUCCGAGCGGCAACCUCCUGCAUUCUGGUCUGACGUCCCCAGCCGGUGGCUUUUACACCAACCCGGAGCUGGAGCAGGUGGUGGUGGUGACCAUUUCCGGAACAAGCGCAUUGAAGACGUUCGGCAACACCCUGAAUAAACUGCUGGGCCUGUACCCAUUUAAUCCACCCAACCAACCCCCUCCCUCCCCCACCUCCGCCAUCGGUCAGGGUCUGGAGCUCCUGGGCAUCAAGUGGCUAGCAUCCCUGACUGCCUCCCAGGCCAAGGAACUCACUCCCUAUGAGGUUGGGGAUCGCUACUGGCAGGCCAGCGUGCAGGCCCUGACGUCCAACCCUGCCCUGGUCUGCGCCGUACGGGGGCUGAAUGCUCUGCAGCUUGUACAUUCCAUCCUGGGUACCUCGCCAGUUACCGGUGCCCUGCCCGGCAAAGGCAUCGCCAAUCUAGAACGCAUUGUAUCUCUGUCGGCCGAGGCCGCCUUCCGGCAGGCCACCCUGUUCUUCCGCGACCAGGAGCUCUUUGCCGACCCCUCCAUGCGGGUCAAUCUGCCCUACCUGCCUCCGCUGCGAAGCCCCAGCCUGGAAGAGCUGUCCACGGCCCGCUUUGCCUGGGCCGACCAGGAGACCACGGAGGGGGGUUCUCUGUCGUCGCCGUCAUCCAAGGGCAAAAAGGGGAAAGUGAAGGGCGGGACUAAGCAGCAAGGCAAGGGGAUGCUGGUGGUGGAGGAGUCCAUCUACAAAGCCAUGCUAGUUGGACCCCGACUGCUGACAACAGUGGCGGUGAUCAAACCCCUGGCCGUCCGCAAGCAUUUGUCCAAGAUCCUGAAGCGGAUAGCACAGCAGAACUUCACCUUGGUGGCCCUGAAGUUGACGGUCAUCGGUGACAACGAGGCCAAGGAACUUGUCCCCAAGGAUGACAAAGAGGAUAAGAUGCUGUGCGCCAUGCAUCAGGAGCAUCUGACCUCCGGCCCGGUCCUGCUGCUGUGCCUGCAGAGAGAGAACGCCGUCCGUAAGCUCCUGGACCUGCUGGGACCGACCAACCCCCAGGAUGCCCGACGGCAGAGCCAGUUCCUAUGGAGGGGCAUGUAUGGAGCAGACCCCAUCAAUAAUGGAAUUCAUGGUUCUGAGAGCUACCAAGCAGCAGUCAACGAGCAAAAGUUUCUCUUCCCCGAUGGCCUAUGCUGCAGGGAGACUGCAGAUCUACAGGCUGAUAAGAUCAUCUGUCCAGCCAGAGACUCGGUCAUGGGAUACCAGCAGGCUGGCCAUCGACGCUUUGUCACCAAGCCAUACCCAGUCAGAACGGAUUCUAACGACAGCCUACUGUCUCCCGUCACCAGUACACAUUCCUUGACUUCCAUAGGCUCAGGUUCAAGCACCAGCUCGACAGACCUCCUCCUGCCCUCCCACAGCGCCCUCUGCCAGACCAACUGUCUCCUGCUGACACCGCCUCUCCUGCUGACCAAGGUCAAAGGUUAUUACCGGGGUCACAUUGAGGUCGUGGAUGCACUGCUGGUGCACGGCUUCACCAUUGUCGGUAUGCGGAUGGUGUGGUUCAAUGAGGAUCAGGCUCAGGAGUACAGCGGCGUCUAUACCAAGGCCUUCCCCAGUUUGCCCAAGAUUCUUUGUCACGGGCCCAGCAUUGUGGUCGCUGUGCAGAGAGACAACGCUGUCAGCUGCUUUGAUGCUCUUUUGGGAAGCUGUUUUGACAAGGAGUCUGUCAUCAGUAAAUACGGAGAGCACAUCCUCAGACCCAAAGAUCCCAAAGAGGCAUCAAGGCAUUUAGAGUUCUUCUUCAACGAGCUUGUUCCGCGAAGCCAGGGUGAAAUCGUCCCCUGUUGAUGUCAGUAAGUUGGACCACAGUUCCUCAAGUUGAAUUUGUUUUUCAAGUAUUUGAAAUUGAAAUUCUGUUUUUCAAGAUGUUGAAACAGUUUCUUUUUUUUUGUAAAUAAUAGACCAAGUGCAAAGGUUGUAUAAGAUGAAUGUAUAUGUUGGUUUUGUUCACACCGUCUUUCAUUACAUUAAGUGCUAUAAAUUAUAUUAAAAAAAAGAUUGAUAUUUCUGUGUUGUAUUGAGCAAGAGUUGUAUAAGCUAUUUCCGUCCUUGAUUUGAACAUAACACACCAAGUUGUUCUGAAUGCUUAAAUUUGGAUUUAUAUAUUACAGAUGUAUAAUAUUCAGGUACUGCCUAUUCAGCGAAAAAAAGUAUUGUAUAGUUUCAUAUAGUGGUUACUGAAAAGAGUUUUCAAAUUCUACGUAUGUAUUGUGUUUGAAUAGUUAAUACUAUUCAAUAAAGAAGAAAGUGUUCUACGUUGCAAACAUAAUUCCUAAUUGCACCACUAUUGACAAAAGGUUUGUGUUUUUUUUUUUUUUUUUUUUUUUUUUUAUGGCAUGAUAGGCAAUGCAUCCUUCCGUCCAAGUGUCCUUAACCUAAAAGUGCUGUGACUGUUUUGAAUCUGUCUUUUGACCAAGACUUGUGUGCCUUAAAAUGAAAGAGUCAGUUCAACCAUUGGUUAAAUGCUCUACUUUUAAUAAUCUUCUCAGCUUUGAAAAACUGUGUACAUACAUUUCUCUUUAUUGUUACACAAAAAGUCAGCAUUAUAAAUUAUAUUAUCAAAUGAACCACAAAGGGAAACUGACUAGGUGUAUUACAAUAAUGUUUAAAGUUCAACAAACAAAUUGACUGGAGCGUGGUUUGAACCUACGACUUCCGGGUUACUGUUCCAGUGCUCUACCAACUAAGCUAUCCGGCCCUAUGUUGGGGGUUCCCUAAUUCAUCAAUGUCUUUGGUAAUGGGGUGCCACUCAGAAGCCAUAAACCCGUUUAUGCCAUGCAGCCAGGGAUCAUGCCCAAAGUCACGAUGCAGACCUGGCAAGUAGCAAACGGGGAUCAUUCAGAGAGGAUAAGGCUUGUUUAUUACAAAUGUUCAAAUGACAAGCGCCCCUUGAACAACAAUAUUGAGGAAUCGCCAACAUAAGGCUCAUAGCUCAGUUGGUAGAGCACCGGAACGGUAACUCGGAGGCCGCAGUUUCAAACCCGUGCCAGUCAAUUUCUUCGUUCAACUUUAAAAGGCUCAUUAUGAAUUAGUUCAAAUUAUUUGCUUAAGUUGCACAUGAUUCUCCUAUUGCCUCCCAAAAGGAGUGAAAUUUGUCAGUUUUCCAGAUUUUUUUGUUAAAGAAUUGUUAAAGAAUCCCUUUUGAUAUCUGGAAUUUCUGGGGGUUUCAAGUGUUUUUACCUGUACAAGCAUAUACAGAACAAAAGAAGUGGGUAUUGUAUUAUUAUAGGUCUCGUUCAAAUGACGUCAUUUCCUACAGACCUGCCACGUGCAUCGUCAUUUUGAGCGUCAACUUGCAUAACGCACAUCGG